AUGGCUAGCCCACGCGUGUUCGAGGUUGGCAUCGGCGUUUUUAUUCUCGCCGUGCUGUGGACAACAUGCUGCUUGCUUUGCAUCUUCCUGUCCAAAACGCAAGGAAUUUCCCGAGCUGUUGGUGUGUUUGCUGUUGCACUUCUGGCAACUGUGCUACUACUCGUGUUGCCACAGGGCGAAGGCCAGAAACCAAAGGACAGCGACAUCACUGACUCACUGUUCAUCUGGAGGAUCACACUUACUGUCCUUUUGGGCGUAUGCGCACUCGCAUCACCCAUGAUCAUGAUCAAGGUGCACUGGAGUGUGCCUGUGCAAGCAAGAAGUCUCAAUAGAUUGAACAACAUAAUUAGACGCCGUACUGUCAGCAUUCAGACAUCUGAAGAACAGCUGUAGCGUUU